CUAUACAACUAUAUUUAUCAUGGUAUCUGCUCCUGAGUUGAAAAGUUACAUGGAUAAGAAGCUUUCAGUUCAAUUAAAUGGAUCCAGAAAAGUAAUUGGAACUCUUCGUGGAUUUGAUGUCUUCUUGAAUAUAACAUUAGACGAAGCGCUCGAAGAGCAGAAAAACGGUGAAAAACUCAAUAUUGGUACCAUUGUCGUCAGAGGUAAUUCAAUCGUUUCUAUGGAAGCCCUUGAAAAAAUAUAAAUAUUCCAAAUUCUAUGUAUAUUAGUGAACCAAUAAA